AUGGUAAAGGCCGUCGUCGGAUUCGGCGCUGCAUGCGGAAUCUCUGCUAUCGUUGCUUGCCUUUGGGCUGCACUUGUCAUCACAAAUGACAUCAAUGACAUGUAUGAUGAUGUGAUGGGAGAGCUCGGAGGAUUCAGAGAUAUCUCUGAUGACACUUGGGGAACCCUUCUCGACGUUCGUCACGGAGCCGGAGAGUCUGCUGAGCAAUACGUUCGUGGAAUCUUCGGACGUCACAAGCGUUCCAACAGCCAAUGCUCUUGCGGACUUCCAUCUCAAGGAUGCCCAGCCGGAGCUCCAGGAAACCCAGGAGCCCCAGGAGAGCCAGGAGGCACUGGACCAGACGGAAAGAACGGACCAACUGGACUUCCAGGACUUAACAUUCCAAUUCCAAAUGACUUCCCUAAGGAGUGCAUCAAGUGCCCAGCUGGACCACCAGGACAAGAUGGACUUCCAGGACAAGAAGGAUUCCAAGGACUUCCAGGAGACGCUGGAAAGCGUGGAACCCCAGGAAAGGACGGAGAGCCAGGACGUGUUGGAGAUAUUGGAGAUCAAGGAACUCCAGGACAAGACGGACAACCAGGACUUGCUGGACCACCAGGACGCGAUGGACUUACCGGAAAGGGACAACCAGGAGUCGCUGGACGCCCAGGAAUGCCAGGACCACGUGGAGAGCCAGGAAACAACGGAAAUCCAGGAGAGGAAGGACAAACUGGAGCCCAGGGACCAACUGGACAGCCAGGAAAGGACGGAUUCAACGGAAACGACGGAACUCCAGGACAAGCUGGACCACAAGGAGCCGUUGGAGCCGAUGCCGAAUACUGCCCAUGCCCAGAGAGAAAGCGCAGACGCGUCUAA